UUCCAAUAAUUGCGAUUCCCUUCUCUUCAUUGUCUGUACACCAAUUGUUGUGCCCGCCUCACUCGAACUCGAUGAAUACAACAGUCCUCAUCCCCAAUUUUAUGAGUUUCCUCGACGCUCUUUACGCCGCCUUGUCUUGUUAUCUAGUUUCUAUCGGUUCAUUGUAAUUGGUUCUUUUCAUUCAAUAGUCCAUGAGCAUAAGUAUUAGUAUUUUUAAAGCUGCUACCGUGAUAUUCCUAAUUUCUUAUACUUUUGUUUCGUAUUUCAACAACAUUUUCAUCAUUUCCAUUUCCUGAGACAAAAAGAUGCGUCUAGUUAUUCAGCGUGUUCGAUCGGCAUCUGUCGAGACUCCUGACAAGGGCAUUGUGGGUCAGAUCGGCGCAGGCCUUGUAGUGCUUGUUGGGAUAUGUCAAACCGACACGAAGGAGGACAUGGAAUUUUGUGCUAGAAGAUUACUGCGUAUGAAGCUAUUUCCAAAGAACGGGCAGAAUUUGAGCUUUACCGAAUGGGGCGAACAGCCAGGGAACGCCCAGUGGGCACAAACGGUGACAGAAAGCAACUUUGGACUCUUGAUUGUCUCGCAAUUCACUCUACACGCAAAGUUCAAGAAGCCGAAGCCUGAUUUCCAUUGCAGUAUGGCGCCGCAGCCGGCUAAAGAAUUAUGUUUGAAAAGAAGCAAAUGCAAAUGUCACUGGUUGAGAUGCAGAAUGAAUUGCUCAUUCUAUGAUUCUUCUGAUAGUCGCAUUUCACUUUUACAAGUAUAUAAGCAGAACAAGGAGUUCAACCCAGCCCUGAAUCUUCUAGUGCAUACAACUCUUUCUCUAUGUUGGUUAGAAAAUCCGUGCCCUCUUUCAUGCAACAUGUACGAGCAAUUUAUUGAGGAGAUCCGCAGAGCACAUUGUGCACCUCCGCCUCAAGCUGGUGGUGGAAAGAAGAAGGGAGCGGCACCUGCAGCAUCGACGGACGAUGCAGAGCAGAAGGGUCCAGUUUUGGCAACUGGAGAAUUCGGCGCGAUGAUGAAUGUGAAACUGGAAAACGACGGACCGGUGACGAUGAUAGUGGAUUCAGACCUGGAGAUGGGAGGAGGGAGCGCAAGUGGUGCCACUGCACAGGAAGCAAAGGCGUCAGCCUAA